AUGAGACAUACUGGGGAAAAGCCGUACCAGUGCAUUGGCUGUGGAAAGGCCUUCAAUCAAAAAUCUCAUCUCAAGACACACCAGAGGAUCCAUACUGGGGAAAAACCAUACCAGUGCACUGUCUGUGGAAGGGCCUUCAGUGACAUAACUGCUCUCAAGAGACACCAGAUGAUCCAUACUGGAGAAAAGCCAGAUCAGUGCACCACAUGUGGAAAGAGUUUCAGGACUAAGACAGAGGUCACCAUCCAUCAGCGCAUACAUACAGGAGAAAAGCCACAUCAGUGCACCACAUGUGGAAAGAGUUUCAGGACUAAGACAGAGGUCACCAUCCAUCAGCGCACACAUACAGGAGAAAAGCCACAUCAGUGCGCUACAUGUGGGAAGACCUUUCAAUCAAAAUCUCAUCUCAUGACACACCAAAGGAUCCACACUGGAGAAAAGCCGUAUCAGUGCACCACAUGUGGGAAGAGUUUCAAGACUAAGACAGAGGUCACCAUCCAUCAGCGCACACAUACAGGAGAAAAGCCACAUCAGUGCACCACAUGUGGGAAGAGUUUCAGGACUAAGGCAGACGUCACCAGACAUCAGAGCAUACAUACAGGAGAAAAGCCAUAUCAGUGCACUUACUGUUGAAAGGCCUUUGGUCGAAAAUCUCAUCUCCAGACACACCAAAGAAUCCACACAGGAGAAAAGCCAUGCCAUUGUACUACAUGUGGGAAAAGUUUCAGGACUAAGGCAGAUGUCGUCAAUCAUGAGCACACACAUACAGGAGAAAAGCCAUAUCAGUGUAGUACAUGUGGGAAGACUUUCAGGACUAAGGCAGAGGUCACCAAACAUCAGCGCACACAUACAGGAGAAAAGCCAUAUCAGUGUAGUACAUGUGGGAAGACUUUCAGGACUAAGGCAGAGGUCACCAAACAUCAGCGCACACAUACAGGAGAAAAGCCAUAUCAGUGUACUAUGUGUGGAAAUGCCUUUAGUCGAAAAUCUGAUCUUGAGAAACACCAGAGGAUCCAUACUGGGGAAAAGCCAUAUCAUUGCACUGCAUGUGGAAAGGCCUUUAGUUGCACAUCUAGUCUUAAGGCACACCAAAGAAUCCACACAGGAGAAAAGACAUGCCAGUGCACUACAUGUGGAAAGAGUUUCAAGACUAAAUCACAUGUCACCAUCCAUCAGCGCAUACAUACAGGAGAAAAGCCAUAUCAGUGCAGUACAUGUGGGAAGAGUUUCAGUCAGAGCUCAAAUCUCAUUCAACAUUAUCGCAUACAUACAGGAGAGAAACCAUAUCGGUGCACUGACUGUGGAAAGGCCUUCAGUGACAUAACUCGCCUCAAGAGACAUCAGAGGAUCCAUACUGGGGAAAAACCAUAUCAGUGCACCACUUGUGGGAAGAGUUUCAGUACUAAGACAGAGGUCACCAUCCAUCAUCGCACACAUACAGGAGAGAAACCAUAUUGGUGCAGUACUUGUGGGAAGAGUUUCAGGACUAAGGCACAUGUCACCAACCAUCAGCGAACACAUACAGGAGAGAAACCAUAUCAGUGCACUACAUGUGAAAAGAGUUUCAGGGAGCGUGGUGCUCUUACCAUCCAUCAGCGUACACAUACAGGAGAAAAACCAUAUCGGUGCACUGACUGUGGAAAGGCCUUCAGUGACAUAACUGGUCUCAAGAUACACCAGAGGAUCCACACAGGAGAAAAGCCAUAUCAGUGUACUACAUGUGGGAAGAGUUUCAGGACUAAACCAGAGGUCACCAUCCAUCAGCGCAGACAUACAGGUGAAAAGCCAUACCAGUGCACCAUAUGUGGGAAGAGUUUCAGGACUCAGGCAGACGUCACCAGACAUCAGCGCAUACAUACAGGAGAAAAGCCAUAUCAGUGUACUACAUGUGGGAAGAGUUUCAGGGCUAACUACCUUCUCACUCGACACCAACGAUCACACAUGGAACCAUCACACCUAAAAUCUUGAGA